AUGUCUUCAUAUCAUCGAAUUUUGGCAGUCUUCGAUCGAUCCGUGCAGGCGAAAUCUUUGGAGUGUGAUUAUGACAUUCAUCCUUGGGAGAUCUUGAUCAACGAGGAAAGAUGGCCUGGAAAGAUUCGGCUUGUCGGCUUUGUUGACGUAUUCUUCCUCAUAUGCUAUUCAUCAGAUGCACGCUUUGAGCAAGGAAUCAUCAUAUAUAAGGACGACGAAGCUAUCAGGAGUACGUUGCACAAUGCAGGUGUUGAUUCGAAAGAUAUCAACUUGGAUAUAGUCAACAAAGUGGAGAGACAGAAAGACAACAAAAUACUGGAACGGUAUUUCGAAUUCAAGAGCGGGACCAUCGACUAUACAAUCACCAGCCUGGGUCAUGAUAUUGGCUUGAAAGCAGAGUAUCCAAAAUCUUCUUUGAAGAAGUAUGUCAUCAAACUUCGGAAGAGCAGCAACACUAUGAUGAAGAAGCGCAUCAGACGUGGUGUGAAUCAGCAUUCUUUGCUCGAUUUGAUGCAAGAUUCAAUCCGUUUAGGAGUCGUUACGCAUGCGGAAAUGACGGCGAAGCUGAUGAGCGAGUUCUUCGUGGGUACGGCUACUGAUGAUGCGAUGAAGAAAUACUUGGAGACCUUUGCGUCUAUGAAUCGACCGGAUACAGUUGCAUUAUCCAACGAUAGAGCCUAG